UAAGGGACACAUAAGGUAUAGGUGUUGAUAAAUAUUGUUGAAUAUUUACAUUAUUAACAUUUAGCAAUACUUAUGUAUAAGUCCGUAACAGGGUGGAACUCUAGCACAGUCCAUGUCUCAGCAAUCAGUCCAUAAUUAUUAUCAUUUAAGUGCCUAAGCUCUAAAAAUACAAAUUCCUCAAGGUUAAACAUGUCUUCUACCUAUGACAUGUUAAAAACAUCAAAAAUUCACAAUAUUAAUAUUAAAACUUAACACCUUGAAAAGUUACCAAUUGCGAGGAAUGACCCGAUUAGUAUUUUGAUUGCUCAUAAAAAUAUUUCGAAGUAAUUAAGUCUUAUUCACUGAAAUUGUACUAUGUGUGGAGAGGUGGAGCGGCGCCCUAGCGCCCUCUAUUGACCGGCUGCCACCGGUGGCAAGGCAUUUUUUAGGGAGGGCAGCUGCCUCCCGGUAUAUCCGCCCCUGGCUCGUAUCUGCAGUUUUAUUUUGGAGGAUUCCGCUUCCGUGUCCGCUCUUUCGCUGCUUUACCGUGUCUGUUAGAAAUCUGAAGUCCAGCACUGAGUCGGGUUUCUUCACACAGCUCCCCGAGUUCAUAGCUGUCUGUGUGGAAGCUGAACGCAGGGUCGUUGGCCUCUUCGUUGAAAUCAACAUGGCUCCGCUGAAGUUCUGUGCGAAUAUUUCCUGGCUCUUCACGGAACUGCAAGACUUCAGCCACAGAAUACACGCGGCUGCCGCGGCUGGUUUUCAGGCUGUGGAGGCAGCCUGGCUCUACGACUGCGAACUGCAGGAGCUCCAGAGGGCUAGAGAGGCUACAGGAGUGGACGUGGUCCUUAUCAACACUCCGCCCGGAGAUGUAAAGGCAGGGGAUCUUGGUCUGGGAGCGGUUCCCGGCAGAGAGGCUGAGUUCAGACAGGGUCUGGAUCUGGCUGUGAAGUAUGCAAAAGCUUUGGACUGCAAAAGGAUCCACCUGAUGGCAGGGAGGGUUCCUGUGGGCUCACACAGGACAGCAGUUGCCAAGGAGAUGGAGGCCAUCUUUGUACAGAACCUAAAUUAUGCUGCUGAUGUCCUCUCAAAGGAAGGAAUCACUGGUUUGAUUGAACCAAUUAACACGAGGAUCACAGAUCCCAGGUAUUUCCUGGACUCUCCUCAUCAGGCGGCAGGAAUCCUGGAGAAGGUUGGGAGGCCGAACAUCAAGCUGCAAAUGGACCUUUUCCACUGGCAAAUAAUGGACGGAAACCUGACAGGGAACAUACACAAGUAUUUCCCCAUGAUUGGUCAUGUUCAGAUCGCUCAGGUUCCAGGCAGGAAUGAGCCUGACAGCGCCGGAGAGCUCAACUACAGCUAUCUGUUCAACACUCUGGAGACAUACGACUACCAGGGAUACAUCGGCUGUGAAUACAAACCACUAGCAGGGUCUGGCUUGGAUCAAGGAUUACUGGACACACAGGAAGUGAGGACACAGGUGACUCAACCACAAACCUGUGAAUCCGAGUCACUGAGCGAUUAAUGACAGUUAAAGACCCUUUGAUGAAAAUCAACUGUUUAACAUCCACAUGAUGUUUUUAUAUAAUACAAGACAUAUGAGUGAAAUAAUCGUCAACACCAGUGUUUCCACCUUGAACUGCAGUGAACCCAUGACAGUCUCAUAAAAACAGAUUCAGACAUAUGUAAUGUGGAGUCAGUUAGAUCUCCCAUAAUAAUAAAAUAUUCUGUUGCUCUGUG